CGCCGCCAGCAGCUGUCCGUCAGAUCCAUGAAAGAUCUAAAUUGUUUCCCUCUCUUAUUUCUGUUUCCCUCUCUUAUUUAUGUUUCUGUCGGAAAGGCGUAUUUUCUCUCCAAAAUAAUGACGGAAUCGAAGAGCAAGUUUGAAUCCAUGAGGGAAUGGGUUGUUAAUCACAAGCUUAGAACCGUUGGUUGUUUGUGGUUUAGCGGAAUUGGGAGUUCCAUAGCUUACAAUUGGUCUCGACCUAACAUGAAAACCAGCGUCAAGAUCAUUCACGCUAGGUUGCACGCACAAGCCCUUACAUUGGCCGCACUAGCCGGUGCUGCACUAGCUGAGUACUAUGAUCACAGGAACAAGCCGAAACCCGAUCCAUAUGCAAAGUACCUUCCAUACUCGCACAAAGAGUAGAUGACUCAUUAAUUUUGCCCCAUUCCUCAUUACAUUCUUUUCAACUCUUUACCUUAUUUACAUAAAACAUACAUCUGGGGCUUCUAAGUGGAUUGAGAUUAAGUUUUUAUCUGAGCAAUUUACAGAAA